CGACUUGUCGGUUUUACAACCUAACUUCGAACUAAUAACUGUCUAACUAACUAACUACUGACCGUCUAACUACUAACUAACUGCUAUUUAACUGUGAAUGUGGAAUAAACCUUCUGAAAUACAGUCGAGUUGUACCCGCUGUACUUGUUCUGGUUACCCUUUCCAGAAGGGAGUAUUGAGCUGAAAGGAUCAGUCAGCAGAAAUCUGGACAGUGUGGCUCUGACAAGUUGGUACCAUGGAAAAUGUCACGGGAAGACUGUGAAGGGUAGAUCAUUUUCUGAGAACACUGUAUGAAAAGAGCCUCACAAGGGGAAGUAUGCUUCUUUUAUUAACACAACAACAAACAGAAUAAGAAGUGCUUCUGUCAAGUCAGGCAUUUGCGAAUGAAGGAGGAGAUCGGACUCUUCAAGGCCAUAAUUACUUGAACAAAACGGUAGCAAGCCGUCGUUUUAAGGAUUUGAUCAACUCCGAAGAUACAAUAUGAUCUUCAUUUCGACUGAAAAGCGACAGUUUGUCCUGUAUUUGUCCAUCGGUCUACUGAGUCUCCCACUUUUUACAGAAUGUGAUAAAAUCAGAGUGGUGGGGCCUUCUCGUUGCUCUGGUAGAGUGGAGGUCUUCCACAAGGAUAGUUGGGGAACAGUGUGUGAUGAUCAUUGGAGCGUUGCCAAUGCUGAGGUGGUGUGUCGAGAGUUAGGCUGCGGGACAGUUAUUGAGUCCAAAAAAGCUGCCACCUUUGGCCAAGGAGAGGGUAGUAUUUGGUUGGACGAUGUGCAGUGUUCUGGUCAUGAGACGUCCCUCGCAAAGUGCCCGCACAGAGCUUUUGGGGAACAUAACUGUGGCCACACUGAGGAUGCUGGAGUGAUCUGCUCAGAGGAUGUGAGGGUGGUCAAUGGAAGCAACCGGUGUAAUGGCAGAGUGGAGGUCUAUGAGAAUGGCAACUGGAAACAGGUUUGCAACAGUGACUGGGGCAAGGAUGAAGCCUCCGUGGUGUGCCGCGAGAUUAACUGUGGUAGUCCUGACAUAAAGGCAGUACCACCAUAUUUUGGAGAUUCGCGGAACCUGCUUGCAGUCAAAACCAGGUGUUUUGGAAAUGAGAGCACUAUUUCACAGUGCACAUUUCAAGAACUUAAAGAACCCUGCGGAGAUGCUACUAUUUUCUGUAUAAAUGAUAAACCAACUCGUCUGGUGAAUGGGACACAUAGGUGCUCUGGACGAGUGGAAGUCUACCAUUAUGGGACGUGGGGAAGCGUUUGUGAUGACAAAUGGGGACUGCAGGAGGCAGCUGUUGUUUGCCGAGAAAUGAAUUGUGGGAAUGCCAUUUCAGUCAAGUACAAGGCCUUCUAUGGCAGUGGUCAUGAACAGGUUUGGAUGGAUGAUACUGAGUGCACUGGUCUUGAGAAGUCACUCGCUGACUGCCCUCACAGAGGUUUUGGGGAUCAUGACUGUGACCAUACUGAAGAUGCGGGUGUUGAAUGCUCAGAGACUACCAGAUUGACCAAUGGAACGGACCGAUGCUCUGGAAGAGUGGAGGUCUUCCACAAUGACCACUGGGGAGCAAUUUGCUCUCAUACCUGGGGCCUCAAUGACGCUGCUAUUGUAUGUAAGGAGCUUGGCUGUGGAAUGCCCAAAAAAUCCCAAGACAAUUUCUAUUUUGGUAAAAGUGGCCUGAGAAAGUUUACAAGUCGAUGCUCUGGCAAUGUGGACUCUAUCAGCCAGUGCAACCUUCAAGAGUAUUUGGGGCCAUGUGAUAGUGUUUCUCUUUCAUGCACAGAUACUCCUCCGCUGAGGCUUGCCAAUGGCACUGACCAAUGCUCUGGCAGAGUGGAGAUUCUCCAUAAUGGCCAGUGGGGAACAGUGUGUGACGAUGAGUGGGACAUCAAAGAUGCUCAGGUUGUGUGCAGAGCCAUGGACUGUGGAUCAGCUCAGACAGCCAAAUCCAGUGCUUUCUUUGGUCCGGGCACAGGAGAAAUCCUGAUGGAUGAUGUUAAGUGUUUAGGGAAUGAGACAUCCCUUUUACACUGUCAACAUCCCAAUUUAGGAAAGAAUAACUGUGGUCAUGGUGAAGAUGCUGGUGUGGUGUGUUCAGCUUCUAUUAGACUGAACAAUGGGACUGACCUGUGCUCUGGCACGGUGGAGGUCCGCUAUAAUGGCCAGUGGUUGCCAGCACUCAAUCUAAACUGGGGGAUGAAUGAAGCUUCCGUUGUGUGCAAAGAGAUGAAUUGUGGAGAUCCGGUCGAAGCCAGGGGGUCGACUGGUCAAGGUGGAGAUCUGAGAGGCUCCAAGAUCAAGUGCGGCAAUCGAGAUACCUCUCUUGCACAGUGCUCAGUGACGGAAUAUACAAGGACCGGCCAUGAUCGUGUCGAAGAGGCAUUUGUCAAAUGUUCAGGCAAUGCGAAAUUGGUUGGUGGGCCCAAUUCUUGUGUUGGAAGAGUGGAGUACUUUGACAAAGGCCAAUGGGGAUCUGUGUGUGGCGAAUCCUGGGAUAUGAACAAUGCCGCAGUGUUGUGCCAACAGCUGAAUUGUGGGAAGGUCUUUAAAAUUACUACCAGUACUGAACAGGGACACAGCACAGUACAAACCUGGAAUAGUCAAAUUGAAUGUCAAGGAUCGGAGUCGACUCUGAACCAGUGUCGACAGACUUUAUUCACAGACAGACAGUGCAACGCCACCUCAAUCGCUGGUGUUGUCUGCGCAGGAAGUUUGGGGGCCCGAUUGGUCAGUGACCAGGAUGAGUGCUCUGGAAGAGUAGAGGUUCGUCACGGUGAGCUCUGGCAAACAGUGUGUGACACGGACUGGACGCUAAGCAAAGCCAAUGUGGUGUGUGAGCUGCUGGAGUGUGGGUUUGCGGUGAACGCUUUUGGUGAUGCCCAUUUUGGACAAGGCAGUGGACCAGUUGUGGAGGGUAACAACUUGUGUUUUGACAAUGUGACGUCUCUGAAGCAGUGCUCACUCAGCGGGUUCACAGGAGCAACAUGUGGACAUGGACAUGACGCUGGUGUUGUCUGUGCAGCAAAGCUUCGUUUGGUUGGCAGCUUAAGCGGAACAAACACAGGGUGCUCUGGUCGAGUGGAACUUUUCUAUAGAGGCCAGUGGGGAACUGUGUGUGAUGACGAAUGGCAGAUGAGCAACGCUGAUGUGGUGUGCAGACAGCUUGGCUGUGGGCAUGCAGUUGCCGCUCCUCAAAGUGCCCACUUUGGUAGAGGCAGUGGUCCAAUAUGGUUGGAUAAUGUGGAGUGUACAGGUGUGGAGACCGCUCUCACACACUGCAAGCAUGCUGGUUUUGGAGAGAAUAACUGUGGGCACGGUGAAGAUGCCGGCGUUAUAUGUUUAGGCGCUCUACAAAAACCCCAAAUCACUUUCAGUCCUUCUACAGAGGUAAGCUGGGGUGAUAAAGUUGAGAUCACCUGUAGCAUAGUUACGGAAAUCUCGGGUGGGACAUUCAUCCUGAAAAAGACCCCAGGAUCAUUUAAAAUGGAGAAAUUCUCUGAGAACGAAGCUGCAACCUUUGCCUUCCCGAGUGUGGACUUUAAUCAGAAAGGGUCAUAUUACUGUGAAUAUCAAAAGAAACUGCCCGAGCAAGAGAUCUACUACCCUCAAGGAAAUAUUGCAGAUCUCUCUGUUAUAGUGAAAAUGGAGACGCCGAGCAUCUCACUGACUUCUCCUCAUGCAAUGGUGAUCUACAGCCCUGACAAAAUAUCGGUCGACCAAGGCAGCGUCUUCUCCAUUUCUUGCUCGACGUAUUCCAAAUAUCCUGGAGGUGUUUUCCACCUGAUGUCUAAGGGGAACGCCACUGAUAUGAAGCCAGCAUUUGGCCACUCUGUCUUCUCCAUGGCAUACUUUGAAUUCCCUCCGGUAGACUUUAAAGAUCAAGGAGAAUAUACCUGCGUCUACAGCGUCAACCUCUCCUCAACAGUUUACAGCUCCAGUCCCUCCAAGUCCCUCCAAGUCAACGUAGUCGCAACCUCGGGAUCUCCGGUCGUCACAGGACUUGUGGUCAGUUUAGUGAUUUUGCUAGUUGUGGUGCUGAUAGGCUUCCUGGUCUGGAGAAGGAGAUGGCGCAGCACUGGUACCAUGGUUCUGUUCAGUAACAGGUCCGGAGGAACAGUAAAGCAAGAUAGAGAAGACCAAAGCAAUGGAGCACUCUCUGGGAGGGAUGGCAGUACCAAGGUGAAUGAACAUGCUGGUCGCAGAAGCAGCCCAGAAGAAAAGAGUACGGAUGUCGAACUUGAUAACUCUGUUGAAAGAGUGCCUGAGGACCUGGCUGGGAGAGUGUGUUAUGAGCUCGAGCCACUCGUUUUUUCUUGAUAAAAAAAGAUGCUGAAGGGACAACUUGUGUUGUGUAUCGUCAUUGUGUAGUGACGUUGCAGUGAUAAACUGAUAGACCCCGGGCUACGCGCCACACGAUCAAAGUAAAGAAGAUGAAGUAUUAGUAAAACGAGAUCAGCUGCUGUAAUGUUUCUGCUAGAUCUAGGAACAGUAGGAGCAUGCGAUAAUUCUCUUUUUUUUCCCAUUUAUUUUUAAGUAAACUAAUUUUGGAAAUCAGUACUUUUUGCCGCGAUUAAAACAAUUAUAUUGAACAGCAUCAAUGUUGACGCGUUUUAAUUCAACACCUACUUUAAUGAAUCUGCAGUGAUUUUAUUUUUCACAAACCAAGGUGUCACAUAAGUGUCGGAAUAUACACUCAUGAAUAUUGGCUUUACGUUUUGCAUUGUCUUUUUAUUGCGUGAUCAUUUCUUUCUUUUGUCUCUUUUUUUUACUGUCAAUGCUGAUCAAUAAAUGUAUAUUUCUUACAA